GCGCGAUGGAUCCGCCGAACACGGGCGACGGCGCCAAUCGGGCGCCGCAGAAGUUGACCCGACCCGGCGAGGUCGAGGUUCAGGCCUGGCUCGAGAAGAUGGAGGCUAAAGAGCAGUGGUUCUCGAUCUACAAGAAGGCGACGGAGAAGCGCGCGAGCGCGGUCGAGGGGGAGACGACGGUCAUCGUCGUGGAGUUCCCCACGAACCUGCACACGGUCAACGGCCAGUGGUUACCGUGCAAGAUCGAGAACCAGGACGAGGACGCGUUGGCGAAGAAGGCGGAGAUCCCCGGCGGCAUCGAGACGAUGCGCAAGAUGUGCCGACCCGAGCGCAACGACUUUUGGAUAGCCUUCUCGUCCACGCCCGACGCGGAUCCCGCGUGGACGCGGAUGCAGGUGUUUCCCGGCCAAAACUUCGACCGAUUCGAGCAGGAAGAGGGUAAGGAGGAGAUGUUCGUGGUGUCGAAGGAGACGCUCGCGGCGCUGGAGGCGCUCAAGGGCGAGGGCAACGAUCUCUUCGCGCGCGGCGAUUUCGCGGGUGCCGCGGCCAAGUACGGCGAGGUCGCGGACGAGCUCUCGCCCGGCAUGGCCAAGAACGGGCGACUGUGCGCGGAGGUUGGCGUGCACAGGCUGUACGUCGUGGCGUUGUCCAACCGCGCGCAGUGCCGCAUCAACGCCGGAGACGCCGGCGGCGCUUGCGACGAUUGCGAAGCGGCGAGCCGGCUGGAUUCCAUCGAGACGGACGCGUUUGCGGAUUUGCGGCGGAAGGUGUACUUUCGGUGGGGACAGGCGAAAGAGAUGGCCAAGGCGGCGGGUAAGGGACGACGGUGACGCGCGGAGAGCGGGUGACGAGUCGUCGGGGCUUCGUGCCGUGCGUGACGGAAGACGUCGCGUCCCGGGUUGUUAUCUCAUCGAUCCCGAAGCUAGCUAGCACUAAAAUACCUAAUUCGCGCCUGAGC